AAAAAAUUAUUAUAUUUUCAUUCAUCUACGGUGGUCAACCGAUACACGUACACAAACACAGUAUCCCCCAAUUAGGGUUUCUUUUUCUCUCGAAGAACAAUUCGCACCGAUUAAAUACCGUUUCAAAAAUCUUCAAUCGCUUGUUCGUUCUUCAUCUCGAUCGAACGAAUCGAUCAAGCAUGGGGAGAGGAAAGUUCAAGGGCAAGCCUACUGGUCGCCGUCAAUUUUCUACUCCAGAAGAGAUGCUUGCUGGUACUUCGUCUCGCCCGCGCACGUUUAAGAAGGAAGAAGCUGAAGUUGAAUUUGAGGAGGAACGGUCUGAUGAAGAAUCCGAAGAGUCGUCUGAGGAAGAAUCUGAUAGGAAGAAAGGAACCCAGGGUGUUAUCGAGAUUGAGAACCCUAAUAUGGCUAGGCCCAAGACCUUGAAAGCAAAAGAUGCUGAUAUGGAUAAAACAACUGAACUAUCAAGACGUGAAAGAGAAGAAAUUGAGAAACAGAGGGCUCAUGAAAGGUACAUGAAGUUGCAAGAGCAGGGGAAAACAGAACAAGCAAGAAAGGAUUUGGAGCGUUUGGCUCUGAUCAGACAACAAAGGGCAGAAGCUGCUAAGAAACGAGAAGAAGAGAAGGCUGCCAAAGACCAAAAGAAGGCGGAAGCGCGUAAAUGAGCCUGUUUGGCCACUGGGGAAUGAUGGUUGGGAACCGGUAGCUUUUCAUAUUAUAUGUAACGUUUAGUUGGUUUUAUGUUGAAGAUUUAUACAUAUGCUUAUUGUUGGGGGAUCUCCGUUGCACCAUUUUAAUCAUUUUGAAGCAACAUUGCAUAAAUUAUUGAUUCGCUUGGCUUUUUUGGUAA